CGUUCUUCGUGGCAGCCGAAUAAUCUUCUAAUAUCUUGGCCAUCUUUGCAGUUUCAUAGCAGCAAAAUGACUGAAACUCUUCAGCUUCGAGGAACCCUGCGGGGGCACAACGGAUGGGUCACCCAGAUCGCGACCAACCCGAAAUAUCCGGACACAAUCUUGUCGUGCUCGCGUGACAAGACCCUCAUCGUCUGGAAGCUAACCAGGGACGACGCCAACUACGGCUUCCCUCAGAAGCGCCUCUACGGCCACUCGCACUUCGUUUCCGACGUGGUUCUGUCUUCCGACGGAAAUUACGCGCUCUCGGGCUCGUGGGACAAGACGCUCCGCCUGUGGGACUUGGCUGCCGGUAAAACCACCAGACGGUUCGAAGACCACACCAAGGACGUGCUCAGCGUGGCCUUCUCGGUCGACAACCGCCAAAUCGUGUCUGGUAGCCGGGACAAGACCAUCAAGCUGUGGAACACCCUUGCCGAGUGCAAGUACACCAUCCAGGAGGAAGGACACACCGACUGGGUGUCCUGCGUGCGAUUCUCCCCCAACCACCAGAACCCCAUCAUCGUUUCAUGCGGCUGGGACAGGAUGGUCAAGGUUUGGAACUUGACCAACUGCCGCCUUAAAAUCAACCACAUCGGCCACACUGGAUACCUGAACACGGUCACCGUCUCCCCUGACGGCUCCCUGUGCGCUUCCGGUGGCAAGGACUGCAAGGCCAUGCUUUGGGACCUGAAUGACGGCAAGCACUUGCACACCCUCGACCAUAACGACAUCAUCACUGCGUUGUGCUUCUCCCCCAACCGGUACUGGCUCUGCGCCGCUUACGGACCUUCCAUCAAGAUCUGGGAUCUUGAAAGCAAGGACAUGGUUGAGGAACUGCGCCCUGAGGUUGUGUCGCAGUCCAAGGCGGAACCUCCCCAGUGCUUGUCGUUGGCUUGGUCCACGGACGGACAGACGCUCUUCGCUGGAUAUUCUGACAACACCAUCCGAGUUUGGCAAGUGUCGGUGACGUCUGUAUCUUCUCAUUAAACGGACGUGUUUUCCUGAA